AUGGCAAAACCUUAUAAGAAAUAUAAAUAUUUAAUAUAUUUCAAAUGUAAGAGAUAUGGUGUUGGUUCUUCUAGUGCCGCGUGUGGCACAAACAGUGGUAGACCAAAUGCCACGGUAGAGACUAUAGCAAGGGUUUUUCAAAGCAAUAUAGACAAGGAUGCAAAAGAGGGUGGUAAAGUUGGUCAUGUUAAUGAGGGGGAGUUGAAAGGAGAUUUAUCCGAGGCAAAAUUUGGAAAGGAUGGUACUAAAAUGGAUAGCGAUGCAUGUAAUCUUGAGAAAGAAAAACAUACUAAUGAUAAACGUACAUAUAGUGCUACGGCUGAUGGUAAUACUGACCAUGAUGGCCCCUGUACCGGAAAAGGUACAGGGAAAGAUAAAACGAACCAGAGAUUUGCUGUAGGACUACAAUGGAAAACGCGUACCGAUGUUAAUGAAGAGCACAAAAAAGUAUUAUUUCCUCCUAGAAGAUUAGAUAUGUGUACUUCGAACUUAGAAAAUUUGAAAACGGAAUAUGAAGGAUUUAAAGGUGAUAAAGCCAAGCAUUCAUUAUUGGGGGAUGUAAUGUUAGCAGCAAAAUAUGAAGCAGAAAAAAUAAUAGAACUCUAUAAACAAUAUAACCUAAAUGGCAAAAGUACUGUAUCUGACACCAAAGAUAAGAAGACAAUAUGUCGAUCUGUACGUAAUAGUUUUGCUGAUAUAGGGGAUAUAAUUAGAGGAAGAGAUAUAUGGACUAAAGAAAAUGGUAACGCAGAUUUGCAAAAACAUUUGAGAGAUAUAUUUGAUAAAAUUAAAAAAAACGCUACUCAAGGAAUCACGUAUUCCAAUGAAGAGGAUCCAUAUACCAAACUUAGAGAACACUGGUGGGAACUUAACAGAAAAGAUAUAUGGAAAGCAAUGGAUUGUGCACUAAAACAAAAUAAUAUAACAAACACAGAUUGUGAUUACAAUAAUGUUCAUAAGUGUCCACUUGAUGACUACAUCCCGCAACGUCUUCGUUGGUUAACCGAAUGGUCCGAGUGGUACUGCAAGGCACAAAAAGACGAGUAUGACAAGGUGAAACAGGUGUGUGACACAUGUAAAACUGGUACUAACAAUACAACAUGUAAUACCAGCAAAUAAUUAUAUGGAAAAGCAAAAUCUAGUAGUAGUAGUACUCCUAGUAAUGAUGAAAAUCAGAAAUAUCUUAAUGAAUUCUUAAAGAAAUUACAGAAAGAAAAUAAGAGUAAUACCACUUAUUCUACUGCUGAAGGAUAUAUACAGCAAGAACUAAAAAAUACUGAAUGUCAACAACAAAAAGAAUUCUGUGAUACUACUAGUGACAAAUAUGUGUUCCGCCAUCACCCUAGUGGUUACGUACAGGCGUGCGCGUGCGAUAGUUCGACACCGUGUGAUGUGGUGAAAUCACUUAUGCAGACAAAAGACACCAACACUGGUGCAAUAGGUGGGUGUAAUCCAAAAAUUAAGGAUGCACAAGACACAUCAUAUCCUAAAUGGACUUGUGAAGAUAAACAUUUUGAAACUGGUCAUACAAAUGCAUGUAUGCCACCUAGGAGACAAAAACUAUGUGUACAUUAUUUAUCAGAUAAUAGUGAAACACAAAAUAUAAAUAAACCUGAUGAUUUGAAAAAUGCUUUUAUUAAAACAGGAGCAGCAGAGACAUUUGUUCAUUGGCAGUAUUAUAUAAAAUAUGGUGGUAACAGUGAAGCAGAGAACCAGUUAAAAAGUGGAAAAAUACCUUCCGACUUCUUACGUUCUAUGAUGUAUACUUUUGGAGAUUUAAGAGAUUUAUGUUUGGAUAAAGAUAUAUCAGUAAACGAUGCAGGGAAGAAUCCUCAUGUGACGAAGGCAAGAAAUAAAAUAAGUGAAGUUUUCUCAAAAAGUGGCCAGGGUUCACAAAAAACCACACCUGAAAAAUGGUGGACAACAAAUGGUCCA